CCCCUCCCCCUCCCCUCUCGCGGCCGCUUUCUGUCAGCCUGUCUCCCUCUCCCUCUCCCCCUCUCUCCUUCCUCUCGUUUCCUCUCUCGCACCUGAGCACACGCACCUGCCCGGCCCGGCUCCGCUCCCUCCUCCCUCCUCCCCCUCCCUCCCUCCCUCCCCGCCCGGGCCGGAAGGCUCCGGCCCCGGCCGCGGGUGCCUCGCGGCUGCGUCACCGCCGCCCCCCCAGACAAGAUGGACACCGCCGAGGAAGACAUAUGUAGAGUGUGUCGGUCAGAAGGAACACCCGAGAAACCUCUUUAUCAUCCUUGUGUAUGUACCGGCAGUAUUAAGUUCAUCCAUCAAGAAUGCUUAGUUCAGUGGCUGAAACACAGUCGAAAAGAAUACUGUGAAUUAUGCAAGCACAGAUUUGCUUUCACACCAAUUUAUUCUCCAGAUAUGCCUUCACGGCUUCCAAUCCAAGACAUAUUUGCCGGACUGGUUACAAGUAUUGGCACUGCAAUACGAUACUGGUUUCAUUAUACACUUGUGGCCUUUGCAUGGUUGGGAGUUGUUCCUCUUACAGCAUGCCGUAUCUACAAGUGCUUGUUUACUGGCUCCGUGAGCUCACUACUGACACUGCCACUGGACAUGCUGUCCACGGACAAUUUAUUGGCGGAUUGUUUGCAGGGUUGUUUCGUGGUGACGUGCACGCUGUGUGCAUUCAUCAGCCUCGUGUGGUUGCGAGAGCAGAUAGUCCACGGGGGGGCACCGAUUUGGUUGGAGCAUGCUGCCCCACCCUUCAAUGCUGCUGGGCACCACCACAAUGAGGCUCCAGCGGGAGGCAAUGGUGCUGAAAAUGUGGCCCCUGACCAGCCUGCUAACCCGCCGGCCGAGAACGCGGUGGUGGGAGAAAACCCUGAUGCCCAGGACGAUCAGGCAGAAGAAGAGGAGGAGGACAACGAGGAGGAAGAGGACGCGGGCGGGGAAGAUGCAGCCGAUGCCAACAACGGGGCCCAGGAUGACAUGAACUGGAAUGCUUUAGAGUGGGACCGAGCUGCAGAAGAACUUACGUGGGAAAGAAUGCUAGGACUUGACGGAUCACUAGUUUUUCUAGAACAUGUCUUCUGGGUGGUGUCUUUAAACACACUCUUCAUUCUUGUUUUUGCAUUUUGCCCUUACCAUAUCGGUCAUUUCUCCCUUGUUGGUUUGGGGUUUGAAGAACACGUACAAGCAUCUCAUUUUGAAGGCCUCAUCACAACCAUAGUUGGGUAUAUACUUUUAGCGAUAACACUGAUAAUUUGUCACGGCUUGGCAACUCUUGUUAAAUUUCAUAGGUCUCGUCGCUUGCUGGGAGUCUGCUAUAUCGUUGUUAAGGUCUCUUUGCUAGUGGUGGUAGAAAUUGGAGUGUUCCCUCUCAUUUGUGGCUGGUGGCUGGAUAUCUGUUCCCUGGAAAUGUUUGAUGCUACCUUGAAAGACCGAGAGCUGAGCUUUCAGUCGGCGCCAGGUACUACCAUGUUUCUGCACUGGCUGGUGGGGAUGGUGUACGUGUUCUACUUUGCCUCCUUCAUUCUGUUGCUAAGAGAGGUACUUCGACCUGGUGUCUUAUGGUUUCUAAGGAAUUUGAAUGAUCCAGAUUUUAAUCCAGUACAAGAAAUGAUCCAUUUGCCCAUUUAUAGGCAUCUCCGAAGAUUUAUUUUGUCAGUGAUUGUCUUUGGCUCCAUUGUUCUCCUGAUGCUUUGGCUUCCUAUACGUAUAAUUAAGAGUCUGCUGCCUAAUUUUCUUCCAUAUAAUGUCAUGCUCUAUAGUGAUGCUCCAGUGAGUGAACUGUCCCUUGAGCUGCUCCUGCUUCAGGUGGUCUUGCCGGCGUUACUUGAACAGGGACACACGCGGCAGUGGCUGAAGGGGCUCGUGCGAGCGUGGACUGUAACUGCUGGGUACUUGCUGGAUCUGCAUUCCUAUUUAUUGGGAGACCAGGAAGAAAACGAGAACAGUGCAAACCAACAAGUUAACAAUAAUCAGCACGCUCGAAACAACAAUGCUAUUCCCGUGGUGGGGGAAGGCCUGCAUGCAGCCCACCAAGCCAUACUGCAGCAGGGGGGGCCUGUUGGCUUUCAGCCUUAUCGCCGGCCUUUAAAUUUUCCACUCAGGAUAUUUUUGUUGAUUGUCUUCAUGUGUAUAACCUUACUGAUUGCCAGCCUCAUCUGCCUUACUUUACCAGUAUUUGCUGGCCGUUGGUUAAUGUCAUUUUGGACGGGGACUGCCAAAAUUCAUGAGCUCUACACAGCUGCUUGUGGUCUCUAUGUUUGCUGGCUAACCAUAAGGGCAGUGACGGUGCUGGUGGCCUGGAUGCCACAGGGACGCAGAGUGAUCUUCCAGAAGGUUAAAGAGUGGUCCCUCAUGAUCAUGAAGACUUUGAUAGUCGCUGUGCUGCUGGCCGGGGUUGUCCCGCUCCUGCUGGGGCUCCUGUUUGAGCUGGUUAUUGUCGCUCCCCUGCGGGUUCCCUUGGAUCAGACUCCUCUUUUUUACCCAUGGCAGGACUGGGCACUUGGAGUCCUUCAUGCCAAAAUCAUCGCAGCUAUAACCCUGAUGGGCCCUCAGUGGUGGUUAAAGACAGUAAUUGAGCAGGUUUAUGCAAAUGGCAUCCGGAACAUCGACCUUCACUAUAUCAUUCGUAAACUGGCAGCACCAGUGAUCUCUGUGCUCUUGCUUUCCCUGUGCGUACCUUACGUCAUCGCGUCUGGCGUCGUUCCUUUACUAGGUGUUACUGCAGAAAUGCAAAACUUGGUCCAUCGGCGAAUUUAUCCGUUUUUACUGAUGGUUGUGGUAUUGAUGGGGAUCUUGUCCUUCCAGGUCCGCCAGUUUAAGCGCCUUUAUGAACAUAUUAAAAAUGACAAAUACCUUGUGGGCCAACGCCUCGUGAAUUACGAACGGAAAUCUGGCAAACAAGGCACAUCUCCACCACCUGCACAGUCGUCCCAAGAAUAAAGUGGUUGUCUCAACUACCUUGACCUUCCCCUUGCCUUUACGUGUCCUUUUUUGUGGACUUCUCUCUGGGAGAUUUUUCCCAGUGAUCUCUCAGCAUUGUUUUUAAGUUAACUGUAUUUGACUUGUGUUCUCAGCAUUCGGAGAAGCAGCGUGCAGGGCCCUGCCGCCCUUCCUGCAUCUUCCACCAUCGUUGCUGUCUGAGGUCUGUACAUGUGUAAAUAGAAGUUCCUGGAUACCCUAAAACCGUGGAUUAAACAGAAUGUGCAUUGUACAUCUUUAAACAAAAUGUAUAUUAAUUUAUUAAAUCUAGUUGUCACUUUAUUUUGGACCUGCUGUGAUCUUGACAGGAAAUGUGCCACAGAGCCAUAGUGCAGAGGCAAAACUUUUUCACGACGUCCUUUGGAGCGCGGUAUCCCAUUAAGUAAACUGUGCAUUCUGUCUUUCUUGGCUGUUCAGACCUUACCAAGAACUUGAAAGGAAACAAGUAGAAAUCAGCAGUGGAGUGUCUGUGGUAAGAGAACAUGGACUUUGUGCUUCACUGUCGACCGUUUUUGGAAGUUAUUUUGUAUAACACCAAAGCUGUUGUACAUUUUCUACUGCCUGAUUUUUUUUCAUGUGUCUGUGUUUAUAAUAUUGUAUAGUAUCUUGUGCUAGGUGAGGAAAUUGUUUUUAAUUUUGAUAAUUUAAUAUUCCUAGUGAUCAGCAUUAGGGGUUGGGCUUUUGUGCUUGUUCGGGGCAUGUCUAUACUUAGAGAAAAAAAAAAGUCCACAAGAACGUUUUCCUUAGUUCUCUCCAGCCCCUCUUUUCCACACACAGCUGUCGUUUUUUUUCUCUUUGGCAGCAGUAGCCAAAGGUCGUGCCGGAUCGCGAGUCUUCUAGAAUACUGUCAACAACAGUACCGCAUCAUACUGGAAUUAGGACACACUGAGGUGUUAGCUAAAUGCACAUGUCGUUUGUGGUCUUAGAUCGGCAGCACCAGGGAAGGCAGCCUACAACACCUGGUCCUGCUGCUUGGGGCACCCCGUUGGGUCAGGAUCAGGGAGUCUGUUUCUCCUAGUUUUCCAUGAGUAAAUCCCAAAGUUUCCAGAGCUUUUUGUUUACAGAAGAAAACUACAAAUGAAACCAGUUUGAUUUUACUCGUCCUGAAGGAAGCUGGCUUGAGCUGGCCUUUUUAACAUAGGAGCGAAGAAGGUGUUUCAUUGGAAAUGUGCUGUAAAAUCGCAGAAUACUGAACACUUACAGAUCUGGUUUUCCCUGAGAACCAAAGCUUCAAGAACGAAGUAUUUAGAGCAAUACAACAGUUGGGCACACGAUCCCAGUAUUUAAUGGUAAUGGUAUAUUGUAAGGGUGGUGUUUGUGUUUUGAAUGUCCUCAGAGAAAAUGGGCAGCAGAGGUCUUCAGGAACUCUUAAAGAGUUUCCAUAUAGUAUUAAAAUCUGUAGACUUAAAUCUGAAGAUUCUUUAAAUAUGAAAGUCAGCCAAACGUAAGCUACCACAAAAGCAGACAUAUUCUGGUUGUUUUACAUUUCAGCAGUUUUUCCUGAAGUGGUAAUACUUUACCUUAAAAUAUAGUGUAAAACAUCAGUAUCAAAAAAAAAAAAGCUUGACAUGGGGUUCAGUGUUAACACCCUCUGGCACUUUGUAGCAGUCCUUUCCCUUGUAUUUGAAAUAAGGUCUUUGCUAGCCCUGCAUUUAUGUGGAAAUGGAAUCCUACUUUAAAAAAUUAAGAGCAUUUUAAAAUGUACUGCCACCUAUCGUGGUAUGUGUCUAUAUAAAUUGUUCUCUUUGGGAGAAAAAUAUUAUCAAUUGGGCAUAGAACUUGAUUAUAUUAAUUUAGCUUUCUUUUUAAAAUUUUCAGAGAAUUUAUAGAUCUUGAUAUAAAGUCAUUGAACACAUUUAUCCAUUUUAUCGGAAAGAGAGCUAGGCAGAUACCACAAAAAAUUAAAAAUUGUUGUUCUACAAAAUUUUAAAUGAAUCUUAUCAGAUAUUUUGUAAAAAAAAAAAAAAAAACUGAAAAGAAAAACAUACAUAUAUAUGAACAUAUACGAAUGGUGAGAAUCUUGCCCUCCAUUUCACCGGCAGAUAACUUUAUCUUGUUGUAUCUAAGGAUUUCCUCUUGGUUUUCAGUUGUGCUCUGUCCUGUUUUUAAUAAGAUGAAAACUUUCAUAAGGAAAGCGUUUGCUGACAUAAUAUUUACAUGGGCAGCACCAGAAUUUUAUGAUUAAUCAAUAGUCUCAUGAACAUUUGAAACCUCUGGUUCAGAAAGUUCUAGUAUUGCUGCCCUUCAUGUAGAAUUAAAAAAAAAAAAUAGUGUAGUUUUGCUUCAUUUUACAUUGGGCUAAAACCGUCUUCAAGGAAAUUAAUUACAAAAGAAGACCAUUUUGCUUUAUUUUUAAUUGUUUAUAAAUGGAAGACAAAUCAGCAUUUGGGAGUAAGUUUCACAUGACCAGUUAUCAAAUGGUCAUAUUAUGAGGUGUGCAUUUGUCAUUAUUAGCAAAUUAUGUUUGAGUUUUAAACUGUUGAAGCUAAUAGUUGAGAUGAAAACAAGAAAAUACCAAUGUGAGGUUUAUGUAUAGCUAGCCUUAAAAAAGUUCCAUGUUUUUAGGUGAUUUUUUCCUGUUAGUUCUCUGGAGAAACAGUGGAAAUUGGACAUCUCAAUUCCAGAUGUAAACAAAAAGUAAUUUUUAUUUCAACAUUUAAUAUAGCUGUUAUUACUGUGGAUCCUUGUGUUUUUUCUUUCCCUUAUUCAAGUAACAGAGAAUAACUUUUUCUUAAAUGAUUUGGUCUUAGAGAUGUCAUUUCUGUAUUGGCAAAUGCUAUUAUUAAAGUGUAAUUCUUGAAUUUAGGUUGAAUUCAUGACUUUUUAAAACGAAGAAGCACUGGACAUUUCUCCACUGUAUUGUUGUAUUGUGUUUACCCCCCGACACACACACACACACACACACACACACACACACACACACACACACACACGAGAAUGUAGUGCCGGUCUAAGAACACUGGCAGUUUUGUCAACUUCGCAAGUUAGCUACUCAUUCUCACUUUCAGGACUAUUUUAAGCUCUCUACUUACUGUGAUAAGUUUUAUACUUGUAAAAUUUUAAAGUGAUUAUGUCCAAAAUACUCCUUUAGAAUGUUACCUACUCGGUUGCCAUCAAGAAGAGACAAAAUGUCGUGCCACUAAAGUAUUAACAAAAACCUUGUGUGUGGAGAUUGUAACUCCCUUGGUUGGGCUGUCUUAUAUCUCAUUUGUCCGUCGGGCACAGAUUUUCUCUUCACCCUGUUACUGCCCUGUGUCAUUGUUUAAAAGCAGCCAUCAUGAGAAAGGGUUUCUUUUCACGUAAUCUCCAACAGUAUGCUUGUUACUAAUACAGUAUUAAAGGUGUAAGACAGUAUAUACCCAAUUUCAUUCCCAGUGAUUUUGUAUGAGUGCCUCAUUUUGUGUCAGCAGAGUAAUACACAAUACCUUAACUGGAAAUGUAAUGACUGUAAGGCCUGGAACUGACUUGUAGAUGGUACGUAGAGCACUUAGUUAUUCAGGACGUCAAUUUUCUAUUGAAGCAAACACCUUAGACACCCAGACCAAUUUUAUGUAUAUAUAUUCUAAAAUGCUCCCUUUUUUAUGUGGUUGGUUGUUGCCUUCUAAGUCAAGAGAACAAAAUUGAAUAAAGCAAAUGUUAGCUGUAGCCUAGUUUUUUUGGUUUGUUUUUGCUUUGUUGCAAAAUUACUUCAGAAUUACAGAAAUGUGCAUUAUUAAUCAGCAUAGGUAGACAGUCUAGGUUAUUAAAAAAUGUUUUUUUAAUGUUUAUUUUUGAGAGGGAGACCGAGUGCAAGUGGGGGAGGGACAGAGAGAGAGGAGGACACAGAAUCCAAAGCAGGCUCCAGGCUCCGAGCUGUCAGCACAGAGCCUGACGGGAGGCUCAAACUCACGAACUGUGAGAUCGUGACCUGAGCCAAAGUCGAAUGCUUAACCAGCUGAGCCACCCAGGCUCCCUAGGUAUUUUUUAAAUAUAAUAAUUACAUAAGAAAAUGAAUAUAUGAUUAUAGCUCCUCCAUUCAGUUUUCAGUGUAAAUUUAGAAGUAUAGUUGCAGAGAACACAUCCCUCUCCCCUCAUCCCCUGACUGUAUUGCUAGACCAUCUUCAUGGGCAACAGUAAAGGCCCUCGUCUUGCGGGCAAGCUGCCGCCCACUUCGGCAAGAUCCACAUGCCAGAGCCUCAGCAGGUUUUCUCUUUAAGUGGAUACUUGGAAUAGAGUAAAACCAGUCAAAGCCAUUUUAUGUAGCUGCCUGUAAAUCUCAGAGAAAAAGGAAAGAAUUGCAUGAAGCUUUUUUCCUCCUGAGUUGCCCCCAUGUGAAGAGAUCCUUUUGUUUCGAGGUUCAAAACUUGAUGGUUUCUUUUUAAUCAAGUGCAUUUAAGAAACACUUUUUAAAUGUUUAUUUUAUGUAUUUUGAGGGAUAGGGUGUGUGAGAGAGCAGGGGAGGGGCAGAGAGGGAGAGAGAGAAUCCCAAGCAGGCUCAGCACCAGAGCCUGAGGCAGGGCUCAGUCUCAUGAACCGUAAGAUCAUGACCUGAGCCGAAAUCAAGUCAGACGCUUAAGUGACUGAGCCACCCAGGCGCCCUCCAAGUGUUAUUUUAUUUAUUUUAAAUGCAGUGGUGGUAGGCAAAAUGUUAUCUGAACCACAGGGCAUCUGUGAGGUUUUACAGCAAAGGGGACCGCAUGGUGAAUCUCAGAAAGUGGCCAUUCCCCCUCACACCCCACAGUUCACAGCCACUCUUGUUGGAAAAACGAAACUGCUGUCACAAGUGGAUUAAGGGUCCGAGGAGGUAACACUCUCCUCUCCUCCCUCCCACAAUGUUUCGUUUUGGGGUCUAUUUUGUUGCCCUGCCCAGUACUGAGUACUGCAGUUGAAUCGAGGUAUGGUGUCUGCCUUCAAGUAGCCCAGUUAGAGUGGAGAAGGCCAGAAAAAUGAGCAGAGGGUUCUAACAGGGAUACAGUGCCCUGAGGAAUACAGAGGAGGGGCCCACUGUACGCAUAGACUCAUCCCCCAUGCCCGCAGUCCCUCCCCCCCCCCCCCCACCGCAGUCUGCCUCCCACAGCCCCACACUGCUGGAAUGGGCCGACAGCAGCUGGUGACCUGGGUGGAGGCAGUCCCUUCUGCACCCCUGUACAUGCUUAAUCUUCCUUUUGAAAUUUCUCUUUUCACACAUAGGCAACAGUGCAGUGUCUUUCUGCUUUUCCACAUUUGUUCAGUAGCUUUUUUAGGACAAGAAGCUUUGUGUCAGCAACCCCCUCAAUAACUCCUUUUUUCUUGGCUCAGUUGCAUCCGCCCCUCCUGCCAGUUACACAAACCCACUGGACUGAUGGAGCAGAACAGAAAGUCCAGAAAUAGACCCACAUGCGUAGGGACAGGUGAGUUUUGACAAGGUGCGAAAGUCAAACAAAUGGUGCUAGAACAAUUGGCCAUCCAGAUGCAAAGUUAAAAAUUGAUCCAUAUCUCAACAUCUGCAAAAAUUAAAAUUACUGUAUUCCUAAACAUGAAAGCUCAAACUAUAUAACUUCUGGGAAAAAGCAGGGAGAAAUGUUCAGCCUCGGGUAAGGCAAAGAUUUAGAUUGGAUACAGCCCAGAAGCACCAUCCUUAGAAGAAAAAUUUGAUAAAUUGGACAUUAUCAAAAUUGAAAAUGUCCACUCUGAUAUAUGUCAUUCAGAAAACAAAAGCCAUGGAGUGGCAGGGAAUAUUUGCAGAACAUUUCUGAUAAUAGACAUGCAUUCAGAAUAAAGUCUCAAAACUCAGUAGUUUGAGAAGAUCCAUUUGCCCAUUUUUAAAAUGGGCAAAAUAUUUAAACACUUCACUAAAGAGGACAUACAGAUAGCAAAUAAGGACAUGAGAAGCUGGUCAAUGUAAAAGCCAUUAGGAAAAUAGAAAUUAAAACCUGUGAGUUACCACCACAUAUCAGAAUGACUAAAAAUACCAUACCACGUGUCGGUGAGAAUGUGAGGAAUGCUCAGGCUGUGCUGGAAGGAAAGUAAAGGGGUGAGCUAAUCACUUAAGAACAGUUGGGGGGCGCCUGGGUGGCUCAGUCGGUUAGGCGUCUGACUUCAGCUCAAGUCGUGAUCUCACGGUUUGUGGGUUCCAGGCACAGUCAGGCUCUCCAGUCAGGCUCUGUGCUGACAGCUCGGAGCCUGGAGCCUGCUUCAUAUUCUGUGUCUCCCUGUCUCUCUGUCCCUCCCCUGCUCACACUCUCUCUCUCUCUCUC